UAUCGAAACCCGGAUAUCCACAAAUAACCGAAUACACGCAACGUACAUUUUUCAGAGAGGCGGAAGAAAAUCAAAACAUGACCCGAGAAAUCUGUUUCCAAUGGCCGUGAAUGUUGGAGUUAGAGUCGUCCGAGGCCCCGAGUGGAAGUGGGGCAACCAGGAUGACGGGGACGGUCAUCUUGGGACAAUCGUAGAGAUCGGUCGCCAGGGAAGCAGCACUUCGCCGGACAAAACAGUCGUAGUCCAGUGGGACUGCGGGACCAGGACCAACUACAGAGUCGGCUAUCAAGGAGCAUAUGAUCUCCUCCUCUUUGAUAAUGCUCCUGCAGGAAUAAAGCACCAGAACAUUACUUGUAACGGUUGUAAGCAAGAGGGCAUUCAGGGCAUGAGAUGGAAGUGUAUCUCCUGUGAAGACUACGAUCUCUGCUCAGCCUGCUACUUCGCUGGAAAGCAUGAUCACAAUCAUGAAUUUGUCAGGCUAGUCACCCAGAGCUCUGCAGGUGCUCGUGUAUCCAAGCGACAGAACUGUGCAAAGACCCAGGUCAGGGGUCUGCUUCCAGGGGCCCGGGUAGUCAGAGGGGCAGACUGGGACUGGGGUGACCAGGAUGGUGGAGAUGGAAAGGCGGGAAACAUUAUCAACAUCCGUGGUUGGGAGCAGGAAUCAGGACGUAGUGUCGCCAACGUGACAUGGGGGACCAGUCUGACCAACGUCUAUCGGAUAGGCCACAAGGGAAAGGUGGAUCUUAAAUACACCAAGGAUGCGGUUGGAGGCUACUACUACAAGGACCAUCUCCCUAAACUUGGUGAAGUAGGAGAGCAGAACCCUCAGAGAGCAGCCACCGAUGGACCGACAGUGACCUACUGCGUUGGGGACAAGGUCAAGGUCAUUCUCACUGUAGAUGUCCUGAAGGCCAUGCAGGAGGGCCAUGGGGGCUGGAACCCCAAAAUGGCAGAGUAUGUUGGGAAGAUUGGUCUUGUGCAUCGUGUGACUGACCGAGGAGAUAUCCGAGUCACCUACCCGGGCUGUGGUACAAGAUGGACAUACCAUACUGCUGCCCUGAGCAAGGUGAAUUCGUAUGCAACAGGGGAUGAAGUGACCAUUCUAUCUGACAUGGCGUUGGUCAAAAGAUUGCAGUCUGGCCACGGAGAAUGGAGUGAGGGCAUGGCCACAACUCUUGGCAAGAAAGGGAAAAUCCUCAAGAUUUACUCUGACGGUGACCUCCGUGUGUCGGUAGACAAGCAAGUGUGGACGUUCAACCCCGCUUGUUUGACCCCCAUUGAGAGGUCAAGCAAGCCUGACCUCAAUAACACCAUGACCGCUGACAGAGCUGAGGAACUCCAGGGUAAUCUUCACGAGCUGUUGCAGGAGAUCUUAACCCUUCGAACGCCCAAUGAGAGUCCGGAUAAGCUGGUGAGCGAAGCCGCCCAGGGGAACACAAGAACAGUCACAGAGCUGAUAUCCAAGCACCCUGACUGGGUGAAUGCAAGGGUGUCUGGUAAGACCGCUCUACAGGUAGCCAGUCACCAGGGUCAUCUAGAGGUCAUCAAGGUACUCAGUCUGGGCAAAGUCACGAUGGAGCUCCAAGACCAGGAUGGUGAUACUGCUCUUCACUACGCUGUCUUCGGCAAACAACCAGACAUUGUGGAGUACCUGAUCAGCAAGAAUGCCGACAUGAACGUCGUCAACAAGGGUAGCUGUAGUAGUCUGCAUGUGGCAGUCAACAAAGGCUUUGUAGAUUGCGUCCGGGUGCUUCUGAGGCACAGAUGUAAUGCUAAUUUACAGGACCUGUAUGGUGACACUGCGCUCCACGAUGCCAUCGCAAAGGACAACCGUGACAUCAUCGAUCUUCUCGUCGAGGCCCAUGGAGCUGACCUGAGCCUCAAGAACAGGAGAGGGUUCAACGUGCUUCAUCACGCUGCCCUCAAGGGCAACAAAUAUGCCACUGAGAAACUGGUAACCAAGGCACGACAGCUUGUGAACCUCAAGAAAGACGACGGUUAUGCAGCUCUUCAUCUAGCAGCUCUUAAUGGCCAUAGAGAUGUUGCAGAGACACUGCUAGUACAGGGACACGGUGACCUGAACGUGCGCAACAACCGCCGUCAGACUCCCCUGAUCCUGGCAGCAGGACAGGGCCACACCCAUGUCAUCGAGCUCAUGGUUACCAAGGGAGCAGAGGUAUCUGCAGAGGAUGAGGAUGGUGACACCAGUCUCCAUCUCGCUUUGGUCAGGCAAGAAGUGUAUGCUGAAAGAGAUGACUCCCCUAUCAUCCAGCAGUACCGAACAAAGAUAGUGAGUGGUUUGGUGGUGAACAUGGCGAUAGCCUCGGUCUGUUUCUUGGUCCAGGCUGGGGGUAGUCUAACUCACAGGAACCAUCAGAGCAAGUCCCCGUUAGACCUGGUCCUAGACAUCAAGAUCAAGAACUACCUGCUUCAGCUGUAUGAGCAAAGAAGACAAAAGCAGAGACAGGAUAAAGAUGCCAAGCACGGCAGAAGACGUAGGAGUGCAAGUCAAGAGCGACUUCUGGCUAGUAGCAGAGGAGAUACACCUGGCACGUCCACCAGUCAGAAUGUCAACCCAAUGUCUUCUGGUGCCUCACCCCCGCCGUCAGGCACGUCCACCAGUCAGAAUGUCAACCCAAUGUCUUCUGGUGCCUCACCCCCGCCGUCAGCAGGCACCUCCCAGAAUGUCCGAGGCCCCUCCACACCCGCUGGACCCCCCGCACCCGCAGGGCCCUCAACCCCCGCAGGACCCCCUGCAUCAUCGGUGGAGGGUCCCUCCGGGGAUUCCCCUGCCAAUCUUGAGGCGAUGAUGUCAGACUGCAGGAUGUGCCAGAAGCCUGCCAACUGUCAGUUCAAACCCUGCGGUCAUCAGGUGGCGUGUAUGGACUGUGCAGUGCUCUUCCAGAAGUGCUUUUCUUGCAAGGCUGAGGUGAAGGAUAGAGUGAGAGUAGAGGAGAAGAAAUGUGCAAUCUGUUCAACAAACAAGGCUGAAGUCACGUUCUCACCCUGUGGCCAUAAGAAUGUAUGCAGAGGAUGCUGUAAUAAAGAAAAAUCUUGCAGGGCCUGUCAACAACCUGUCAGAGAAAUGCUAGACAAAGCCGGUCACCGCAUCUCCAUGUCAUCUCAGUCUGGUUCAUCUUCAUCCCAGCACCAUCAGCGUCCCUCAAGCUCAAAACAAGGUUCAGGAGCUAAGGCUGCCCAAGCUCCGUCAUCAUCAGGCUCCUUAACUCCCAGAGGGGCGUCGUCAUCAUCGAGUCGGGUCUCUAAGGAGGAGGAGCUUAAAAAACUCAAGGAGCAAUACCAGCAGAUGGAGGAGGAGGUGCUAUGUCCGAUCUGCAUGGAGAACAAACGCAAUGUGGUCUUCCUCUGCGGCCACAGCGUGUGUAAGAAGUGCUCCAGACCGCUCAAGCAAUGUCCUCUCUGUCGAAAGCCUAUCACCAAAAAGAUCGCUCUCUUUACUUAGCACACUCUUGGUACAUUCUGUCUUAUAAAAGGUAAAGACUGUUAUAAAUAUUGAAUGCAUAUGGCCAUUUUUGAUAUGCUUGUGUGGACAAACCAUCUGCUUUUAAAGUACUCGAGACCUGUCCAGAACGGUUCACUUGAAAGACCAUCACUGAUAGGAUGAGUUGUUGUGUCCAAUCUGCAUGGAGAACAAACGCAAUGUGGUCUUCCUUUGCGGCCACAGUGUGUGUAAGAAGUGCUCCAGACCACUCAAGCCAAGUCCUCUCUGUCAAAAGGCCAAGUAACUAUAUGAUAUUCUUGUGUGGUCAAAGCAUGGAAGGGCCAUCUCAAAUGUUGCCAGUUCUGUUGAAAGCCAUUCACCAGAUACUGCUCUCCUUCAAAAAUUGCAAAUACAGCAUGUAUAUAUUCAAGGUAUCUGUUAUAAAUGCCAGCACCAUUGUAAUGACGACACACUUGCUGCUUUAGGAGGAUCAGUCCGAUCCCAUUUUUCUAAGGCCGAGGUGUCUGCAGAGGGUUGUGGUCCUGAAAUAGAGUGUAGUUCUUUUGAAAAACUUGUCGCCAAGGAAAGCACUGCCUUAGAAUCCAAUGAGAUUAAUAGGUGAAGACAGUAGUGAUGAUGAAGGGUAUUCUGCUAGUUUGUAAUAGCUAUAACAGUUGAGAAAUAGAGGGCAGCAUAAGUCAAUUGUAACCACAGCAGGUAAUAAUUUCUCAUUGUGAAAAAAGAACUUUUUCUCAGUUGAAUUAUCAAUGAAGCUCUGCAGUGGCUACUACGUGUGAUCUAGAUCUCCUCUAGCUCUGCUUAUUCUUUUGCAAGCCUGUUGCCAACAAAUUUCAAUGUAAAAUCUUGAAGAUGUCGGUAACCACACUGCCACAAGCCACCUGUGAGCAAGAUAGGUAUGCUCCUUUGUAUUUAUUUAAAAUUACACAUAGUUGUAGGCUGGUACAUGUACAAUAAGAUGAUCGGUAGUAUAGGUUGUAACUGAAACUUUUACCAAUUGCUUACUCUUUCUGAUUUGGAUCCACAAUUUUGUCAAGGUUUGUGAACAUUACUCAGGAAGUCUGUGUCAAAUCUCUCUGCAAUCUAUCAUUAUGAAAUAGCUAAGAAAUAGAACCAAACAAAAUGAGGAUCAGGUUUAUGUAAAGAUUCAAGUUUUAACUUUCUUUCUGAACUUAAGUACUCUUUUAUAUUGAAAUAGCUCGUAACUUGUACAUAUAUAAAGUUCCUAUCUUACCACAUUAAUUGCUUAUACCGCGUCGACUGUUUUAGAGUGACAAAUGAGAUCAUUGGUACUACGAAUAUUGAUGAAUCGCAGUGAAGAAGGCCACAUAGUAUAAAUCGUAAGAAUGAACAGUAAGCCCAAAUUAGUUUCUUCUUUGUGUAUUUUUGAUUAUACAUUCAAUGUUUUCUUAUGCUGUUAGUCACAAAGCAUAGAAUUUUAACCUUUAUGCUGUAUGAGCAAUUUAUGUUUCGCCUACUCCACUUGUUUCAUAUUCAGUUGAACAUUAUGCAAAUAUUUUUACCUGUGUUUUCAUUUUUGAUUAUCCAGAACAAAGCAUGAAAUUCACCUCAAAAAAAUAAUCAAUUAAUUCAACUUAUAUGAUGAGGCAUUACUUAUGUUCAGGAUAGCAAUGAUGUAUUCACUCAUUCAAACAUAAUACACCAUAGUCCAAUCUCUUUAUUUUAGUACUAGUGUGUGGACAUAUUCAAAUAGCAUUUUGACAGGGCUUUAAAUUAUUGUAUCACAAGUAGGCAAGGGUUCGUGAAGGCCACAAUUUUUUUCUUUUAAAGCCCCUCUGCACUAGUUAGGCACCUGCAAG